UUGUUCACAUGACUAUAUCAGUUACCUUUCUAUUUUCUUUAAGGUAAUUUACUCGUUUGUUUUUCUUUUUCUAUUGUUUGGCGACAGGUCCUUGCCAAUUUAACAUCUGUUCAGUCAUACUUUGAUUUAUUUUCGAAGAAAAUUGACCAAAAGGUUAUGGAGCUAGAGGAGGCUGAAAUGGAAUUAGACCUUCUUCAGAAAGAGCAGGCGGUUCAGGAAUCAUCUAAUGAUCGCAAAGAAUGGUGUCAGCUUCCCUUUCUAGACACUUAUGCGAAGGAUGAUGACCGCCUUCAGCAAAUCAAGGAUAGCAUUCAACAACUAGAGAAGUCCAAGAUCAGAGAAGAGAUAAUAGGUCGCAGGCAAAAGAAGCUACUUGUACGACGUGCCCGUCAAAAAUAUUUGGAAGAAGCAGCUUUGCGAGAAGCAGAACUUCUUCAAGCACUUGAUAGAGAGAGGACGACUGAAGUAGAAAGGGAGAUUGAGAGACAGCGGUCACUGGAACUUGAGCGUGCAAAAACGAGAGAGCUGCGUCACCAUCUUGAUAUGGAGAAAGAGAAGCAAUCACAGGCAAGGCCAGAGGAUCACAAAUUAACCCUGAACUUUGUUUAUCUUCGUUUGAUACUCUUUAUAUGUCUGUUCUUGUAAUAGAACCUGUUACAUAAAUGAAGAAUAUGGCUGAAACGUUUCCUGAAGAUAUGAUGACCAGGGACCAUGGUGUGUCUUUGGUUAUAUUGUUUCAUAUGGUUUAAUAUAUGCCUUUCCUUAUGUUCUCCCAGUGCAUAUAGGAUCACUGUGGUCCUUGGUCCUUGUAAUUUAUAAGUCAUAAAGAAACUCUUUUGAUCACUGUGGUCCUUGGUCCUUAUAAUUUAGAAGUCAUAAAGAAACUCUUUUCUGAUCUCUUCGUGUUUACUUUUUUCAAAACAUGUAUGCAGAUUAGGGACAUUCCCGCUUUUACAGCCCAUACGCUAAAUUUACCAAAUUUACGAAAAGAUUUGUGUAGUCAAAAGCUCUGCAAUUUUUUAUUAAACCAGGACAAUUGCAGCAGCUAGAGCUGAAGAAUGUUACUUUCCCCUUUUAGUACCAGUAGCUAGGGUAAGGUUUUGGGGAUGAGAAGUUACAGGUUUAGGGACUAUUUAAGGCUAUUCUAAUAUAGCAAAUAGGAAACACAGGGUGAUGUUCAUGUCCUAUUUUUGGUUGGUUGAAUGGAAAAAGUUAGGCUUGCCUACAGGGGUUCUAAGAAUGAGAAAAAAGCAAAAGAAAGCUAGGGAGAUAUGGUUAUGGGGAUUUUAAAUGCUAAAAGUGCAGAAUAAAAAGAAGAGAAGAAGAAAGUUAGAAAUUCCAUUAGACUAUCUUAAGGGAGCUUCAAAAGAUUUACAAAUUCCCUAAACAGUCUUUAUUUUAAUUAGAAGAAUCAUGUGUCUAUUUGUAGCCUUUAAAAGACUAUGCCAACUAUAAGCUAGUUUUAGAAAGGAAACUAGACUUUUAAAAAUUUGACCGACUUAUGAAACCUAUCUAAAUAUAUCUUCACAAUAUAGUGACAAAAAUCUUGUUCUGUAUAAAACUUGGCAAAAGAAUAUAAAUGAGAAACUUGUAAAGAUAUGCAUAUAUAUGCGAAGAAAAAAAAAGUAAAAACGCAGUUAGAAAUGUUAGAUUGGAAGUAUAUGAUGAUCUUUACAAUAAGUUUUGUAAAAAGGAUGAAAGUAUAGACUUGCUAAGUUGAGGGGGAGGUAAACUAGAUAUUAAAUGUAACAAGAACGAGGAUUCAUGAAUACUAUUUCAAGAAGAGUAAAUCAAGGAGAGGUGUGGUAGUUAUUAAAUUGAAAUCAUAUAGGUAACUUGGUAUUAGAAUAAAGUGGUAAUAGUAAGGAGAGAGUUGGAGUAAAAUUUUUCACAGAAUUAGGGUGUUAGAAACGGAGACCUCACUAAGAAAGAUAAAAAUGGGAAGAUCUCUAGGGUAAUAUGGCAUUCCUAUUGAGAUUCAGAAGUGCAUAAGAGAUGUGUGUCUUUGUUAAAUUUUUUAAUAAAAUUAUAGUAAUAAAAUGCUAGAUGAGUGGAGGAAAAGUAUUUUAUUACCUAUGCAGAAGUAAUGGAUAUCAAAUAAUCAAUUUGGAUUUAUGCUUGAAAAAUCUGCAUUGGAAGUGAUUUGUUUGUUGUUGAGAUUAAUGAAAAAGUAUAGAAAAAUAAGAAAGAUCUCCUUUUCUUUUUUGUAGACUUGG